AUGAGAGAACUAAGAUACCAAACCCUCGAUUUGCUUCUAGAAGCCAACCAGCCGCCAAGCCAUUAUUACAUGGCUGCCAGAAUAUAUGCCACUGGCGGGGAAUUCGUGACCAUCCCCGCUACUGGAAUAAUCGAGUAUGUCGGAAACUACACUCCGCCUCCGUCACCACUGCUUCCAUCCUUCCCCGAAGUCAACGACUCGGCUGCAUCGAUCGGCAUCACAGACCAACUAAAAAGCCCAGGCAGCAACGUCGAUGAAACCUUCUUCUACACUCUUUCGGUGAACCAAUUUCCAUGUACUAAUCCCUCGUGCUCGGGGUCCACUAGGCUGCUCGCGAGCGUCAACAACGUGACACUCAUACUUCCGAAAACUGUCGACAUUCUCACAGCUUAUUACAGGGGAAUCAGGGGAAUUUACACCCCUGAUUUCCCUAACUUCCCGGCCUCCUCUUUCAACUACACGCAAGGUACGCCGUUGAAAGAGGAGAGUCGCUUCUACGUGGUUGGGUCUGGGUUAGGGAACUAUGAUAGGAUCCGGGACCCGCCUAACUAUAAUCUUGUCGACCCGCCGUUGAUGGAGAACAUCGCGGUGCCAAUGAAUGGAUGGACCGCUAUAAGAUUUAAGGCUAACAAUCCAGGAGUAUGGUAUAUGCAUUGCCAUUUUGAGCGACACGUGAGUUGGGGAAUGGCAAUGGUGUUCGUUGUCAAGGACGGGGAGCGCCCCAACGAGAAGAUGCUGCCGCCUCCGCCUGAUAUGCCACGCUGCGGUGGCGAAGUCUCGUCUCCUCCUCUUGUAAUUGGUGAACCUGAUACCACAAUGGGGAAAAGAGAAGAUGCUGAAUGAUUGUUCACUUCAUUUAUAAGUUACUAGUAUAUGUUUAUUUGCUUUAUUUAGAUUUAUGUGAGUUUAUCAUAAGGACUUUACAUAAUAUAGGGGAUGAA